AUGGAGCAGGUUCAUGGCGUUGACGUCAGCUGGAUGACUCCAGGGUCCUCCAAAGACAAACUCAAUAAAUCCUCCUCUCCGCCGAAGGCGAAUGCCGCCCAGCCGCGCCAAAUACCAACCUCGUCGAACGGCGCACCGUCGCAUCAAAGAAAGGAUUCCAAGUCUGGGACUGAGGCUAAUGGCCAGCUCAGCGCAUCCAACAAUGGCGGUGCCAGCCUUACAAAACGACUAUCGCGAUCUGGCUCUGUCGACAAACAGCCCGGUCCUAACGGCACACCACCUGGACGUCGCAGCACCUGGUUUUCCAACAUCUCGGCCAAAUUCUCGGGUUCCUCGCCUGCCGCGAACGGACCACAGUCACCAACGGAAACGAUUCCUCCUCACCAUCACUUGAGUCCUCUACAACGCAGUACGUCGCACGAGGACCAAGAACCUCCAUCGCCACAAGCGUCGGAGCCUCCUAUCCCAAAGAUCUCACCCUCAAGAAACGCUGUUCUGCAACAUGGCGCCAAACCAGAAGGUAGCGGCCCUUACACACCUGCACCACCCAAGUCAGGCCAAGCUGGAAUACUAAGUGUGUUCCGUCGCCUGUCAUCAUCCUCGUCUGUCAAUGGCGCAAACCACAAUCGUUUAGCGCACGGUCUCGUCGAGCGCACGGUUCUCAACAAGGACAAGAACCGAGAACGGUGUCCUAUUGGUGAGCUCAAGGCAGCCAAGCUACGCCGCGUCGCAUUCUGUGUUGAUGUGGAAAUCGCGCCGAUGCCUAAGUACGCAGAUGGUGAAAUUGCCACACAACCAAUCGACAAGACAGCAAAGAAGAAGCUCACCGAAAAGGGCGAAGGCGAGGCUUUGAAGAGCGAUAGUGCCGUCAUGAAAGAGGAAAACCUUGAUAAUGACAAGGCAGUGCCUGCGACCGGAGUCCAGACCAACGGUCAUGCGAAUGGCGCUGUCGAGACGCUUGACAAACUACCGAGCAAUACGACUGAUGAAAACGACAGUGCAGAAGCGGAUGCUCCAGUGGCAGAGAAGGAAAUGUCGAAGAAGAAGGAAAAGAAGAAGCGCAGUGAAGAAGAGCGCAAAGCGCGGAAAGAAAAGCGCAGAAAGCUGGCCGAAGACAAUGGCACAAUUCCAGUCGAGAUUCACUACGAUAGUGGCGAUUCGUCCGAUUCUACAUGUUCUGGUACACUCCAGACGAGCUCUCUGCCUACAACCAAUCCAGCCAGAAUCUACAGAAGAUGUUGCCAGCUUCGAGAGACGCCCAUCUUGAAAAAGAUCACAGAGCAGCUGACUGACUCGACCAACUUUUCCUUCGGAGUGGUCAGUAAGCUAGAUUUAACAGGCUACUGGCUGCAGCUGGCUGACUUGGUUACGCUCGGCGACUACCUUGCGGUUGUGCCUGUGCGGGAAGUUUUACUCGAGAACAUUGGCCUGACAGAUGAAGGUCUCCGUGUUGUGUUGGCCGGGCUUUUGGCCGCCAAGCCGCCUCUUUUGAGUCGCAAAAAGCCAAAGCACGAACAAGAGCCCCAAGGCGGCGUAGUCGAGCGUCUAGUGUUGAAGAACAACAAACUCGGCCCAGAUGGAUGGAAGCACUUGUCGUUAUUCAUCUUUCUGUGUAAAUCGAUCAAGAGUCUUGACCUCGCCCACAUACCCUUCCCUCGCCAAGCCAUUUCCCAAGUCAGCGCCACACUGCCUAAUGGCCAGCAAAUCCCCCGCAGCAUCGCCGAUAUAUUCGCCACAUCGCUCGGUGAUAGACUUAGCGGUCCGACUUUGGAGAUGAUCAACAUUGGCGAAACGGAACCGAGCAUGGAACAACUCGGUGUAAUUCUUGACGGCAUGCUGAAAUGCAAAGUGAAGCGUCUUGGGUUGGCGCAUAACUAUCUGGACGAGCAGGGCGUCAACCAUGUCACUAAAUACAUUUCUUCGGGUAUUUGUGAAGGCCUUGAUCUGGCCGGCAACGACCUCCGCGGCCAUGAAGAAAAGAUUGCAUCGGCGUUGGAAGCGAAUGGCAGUCUCUGGGCGCUCAGUCUAGCGGGCUGCGAACUUGGACCCUCGUCUCUCUCCAAGAUUCUACCAGUUCUCGCAAACAUGCCAGACAUCCGAUUUGUCGAUCUUUCACACAAUAAGGAAUUAUUUCAAUCGCGGCCGAGUGCCGUUGGUCCUUUGAGAAGAUACCUGCCUAAAUGCACCGGUUUGAAACGCAUUCACUUGUCUGAUGUAAGCAUGAAUUCGGAGCAAGCUAUCGCUUUGGUAGAGGUGCUUCCGGAGAUUCAACAGUUGGCACACAUCAACCUACUGGAAAACGAAGAGCUUGUCAAACUGGCCCAUGCAAAGAGUGAAGAAGCGCAAGAGGAAGCCUGCGCUCUUUAUGCCUCACUCAUGGCGGCGGCCCGAGUUUCCAAGAGUAUCAUCGCCAUUGACAUCGAUGUUCCCCAUGACGAAGCGGGCGAAAUCGUCAAGGCUAUGGCGAGACAGGUUGUUGCGUACUGUCUGCGCAACAUGGAGCAGAUGCCUGAUACGGGCAUUGGCGCUGCCAUGGCGGCCAGUUUGUCGGAGACUAAUGGAACCGAUGAGUCGAAGCCCGCUGCUUACUCUGACGUCAUCAUGCAUCUCGUAGGCCACGACGUGAUGCAAGAAAGCGACGAGGAAGACAAUAGCUCGGCCCCUGAUGAAGACUACGUUAUUGGAGGCACUGGUGUCGUCAAAGCGCUCAAGUGCUGCCUUGAAAAUCGCGGGGACGAGUCGCAACGGCAGUCUGGCGAAUUUACCCGUGAAGCAGAGCCCGACGCGUCUCUUACCAGCCGCAAGCUACCGACAGGUGGCAAGGCAAAGGACAUGUCGAAGCAUCUACUUGCCGGCGCGCGCAAAAUUCGACUGCGCUUACAGCCUGCCCUUAUCAAGGCCAGGAGCAACCCAGGCGACGAGAUGACGCUGAGGAAGCUCACUUUCCUCGACGAAACACUGCAAGGCAUCAUCAACCGAUUUGAGGAUGAAUACCCCGAUACAAGAGAAUCGGCAGAGCUCAGCCAAACUGACCUGAAGCGCGGCAGAAGCGCCUCCGCCGAGUCUGCCAACGGCGUCGCCACAGCAGAAGAGCCAGCAGUCUCUGACGGCGAAGACGAAGGCGAACUCCACGCGCCACGCCUGUCUCGCAGCAACUCGACGCUAUCCAAGGUCUUGGCCGAGGAGGAAGGACGCGUGCACCGCGCCGGUCACCGCUUCCGCGUGGGCAUGGUGUCGCAGAUGCAGAUGCGGGGCCUGGUAGCCUCUAUUGACGACAUUGGCGCCGACCCGCGCCACGUGCGCAUGCUGACGGAGCUGGCCGAGGACGUGGGCGGUGACUUUUGGCAAGAAGUCCAGGCCAAGGGCGUGAUUCAGGCCUACAAGGACAACCGCGAGACGCUCCUGACGACGAUGAAGGCGAGCGACCCGGACGGUGCGCAGUGGGAGCGCUUCGUCGAGUCGCAGAAGAAGGCCCUCGCCAACCGCACCGUGCCCACUGAGCAGGAGAAGACACUUCGCGAAGCGGCGCGGGUUGGUGAUGAGAACGCGAUCGCCGACUGA